AGUGAUAGUGUUGAAACUUCUGAAAGAGAGAAGUGGUGCUUAGUUAUUGACAUACUCAAAGGGUUUUGCUCCUGUAGUUCCCUCAUCCAUUCCAACAACUCGAAAACCUCCCAGUACUAGUGCCAUCACCUGAAAAUAAAAAAAGCCAUGUGUGCGCGUCCUGGCGAGGACAUGGCUGUUGUUCCGGAACAACAUCACACGGCGACCGCGGUGUUCCGGUCAGAGUGGUUUUGGACCACCCUCCUGCCGUACUGCUCCUGGGAGGAACGCUUUGGCAGUCUGUUGAUGUGCAAGUGGGACGCCGACACCGUUGAGGACUUCUGGUCCCUCCUCUGCAUGCGCCUCGCGUCGGAACGCCAUCUGACCCUGAUGCCGCGCAGGUUCUUUGGCAAGAUCAAGGUUGGCAACGCGAAGGAGUACUUCUGGCAGCUGUGGAGCUUGCGGAACCGCUUCUUUCUGCACGAAGAAAGUAUGAUCUUCGUCGACGUCGAACGCGUUGCGCCCUACGGACUUCGCUACAGUACGGAAAAUAAGUCCAGGUGGUCGAAAAAAUCUUUCGUGCUUUGCUCGCAGUCCGCCGCUGUGGCUGGGGAGGGCAGCGAAACCCUGCUGCCGAAAGAGGAGGAGGAUCAUGAGGUGAAGGCUCUUGGAACCAAGCCAGUUUCGUUGAACAUCAGUACUUGUCAAGCUGUGAAAGAACAAGAGACGAUGAAAAAACAGCAGACAAUCGCCACAGAAAAUGCGAAAGUGGAAGAUGAAGACGCCUCCAGCCCCGUGGUCGUCGUCCCACAGGUGCUCCAGACAGUGUGUCGCUUUCGCCCUAGUUCCUGUUUCAAGGAGACCGCGGAAAACACGGCAACAAGCAACAAGGUGACCAUUCCGCUGCACCAGCGCGUGGCGCUGCUCCGCGAAAAGGGCUACUCCAAAUUGCAAGCGCAACAAAAAGCGCUCGAAUUUGAGCGCGCAUUGCACGCAGCGAGGAAGCAGGAGAACGCCGAUCUCGAGGCGCUUUCCGCCGCUUCCACAACUGCAUCGAGCGGGGACAGUUAUGAACUGCAAAAGUAUGGUACUCGUACUCAUUGCAAAUAUGCAUGAUGACAAAUCUUCUUUCUAAAGUAAAACAGCAUUACAAAUUGCAUUUGUCAUGCUGAGAAAAUCUGUAAUGCAAUUUGUACUAGUACGAUGCUUUUGCACAGGAUAACAGUGAGUAUGAUAACAAGCCCUCCUGCCCUGCUUCUGCAUCAACCGCGGCGAGCAAGUACCAGCUGCGCGCGUCGGUCCUGAACUACACGAAAAGUGAAGUUUUUACGCUGUGUCCGGGCGUGGUAUCCUGAGUAAAAACGUACCCACACCAGAGUCAGGAUGGGGAUUUUGCAACACAAACCUAGGAGUUUUGUGAGUCACGCAUGACAAAAUGCACUCUGCAGUGUAGUGCAGGUUAGCAAGUGCAGCCGCAUCACAGAUUCAUCUGCUCAUCCUGUUCACAGCAUCACAAAUUCCAAAACACGAUUGGAAAUGGCUCUCAUGGGGAUGCGCAUUACAAGUCUUCCACUUCCUGUCUUUGCAAAUCUGCAUUACAGCUCUGGUGUGGGUACGUUUUUACUCAGGAUGCGUAGGCGCGAAGCGCUACGAGUUCGACACUGUGUUUGGGGACAAGAGCGCCACGGGGGAAUUGUUUGAGCUGGCGCUGUAUGCCUUGCAAAUAUGUCUGGGUCUGGAAGCGUGCAAACUAGUGAUGCGCAUUUCACAACACACACAAACUUUCUCAUGCAUAAAUAGGCAACAAAAGUUUCCCACUUUCUGUCACCAAAAUGGAGGACUUGUCAUGCGGAUUAGGCAUUGCGGAACCUUUCUCGAGACCUCUCCCUCUGAUAGUACUCGGGCUCCCAUGCCAGACCGUGCGUGUCAUGCAAAAACAGCAUGUGUCUUCCAGAUCCAGGAGACAUAUUUGCAUGGAAUGCGUUUCCCUUGAUCAAUUCCUUUCUGAACGGGGAAGACAGCUGCAUUUUUUCCUACGGCCAGACGGGCAGCGGCAAAACCUUCACGAUGUUCGGCAAGUAUCCUGUGCAAAAGUAUCGUACUCGUAUAGAAAUAAAUGCAAGUCUUGCAUUACAAAUCUUGUUCCCAAGGCAAAUCUGCAUUACAAAUUUUAUUUCUCACGCUGAGGAAAUUUGUAUUGCAAUUACUACUAGUGCGAUGCUUUUGCAAUGCAUAGCAAGGACGAGGAAACCACGUUGGAAAACCUGCGUUCGCUGGCCCUCGCCGCCUUUCCCGCGCCCACCGGCGUCGUCAAUGUCUACGGGCGAGGGCCGAAGAUGGUGAACAACGCAGGUACUGUUGUCCUGGAGGACGAGGGCGGGAACAUCAACGAUACUUGUAAAACCCCUAGUGAACAAGUAAAACGGGAACACCAGCACGACCAAAAAACAGCAGAAGACGCUCUUGUUCGUGUCCCCGUCUAUCCUGUGCAAAAGUAUCGUAGUAAUUGCAAUUAUUAUGCAUGACAAAUCUCUUCCUCAAGGUAAAUCAGCAUCAUAAGUUUCAUUUCUCAUGCUGAUUAAAUUUGUCAUGCAAUCACUACUAGUACGAUACUUUUGCAAUGCAUACCGUCGUCCCGCUACACGACGGGCCAGAGCGGUCGGAGCAGAUGGAGAUUUUGUCUGCAACCACCGGUUUGAUUCCGCAGACGCUGCUGUACUUGCUGCGCCGCAAGCCGCACGCGCUUUCCCUGACGCUUUCGUUCGUCGAAGUGUUCGGGAACACGGUCCGCGACUUGCUCACCGGCGAGGUGGUCCAUUCCCUCGUCUCCGACCCACCGACCGAGCGGGAUUUGAAUAGCGUCGCAGACAUUUACCACUUUCUGCACGACGGCGCACAGCACAAGCGCGCCGCGGCCACCGCCAUGAACGCGAAGUCCACCCGCGCGCACGCAGUGGUGCUCGUAAAGCUGCGCACGCCGGAAGAUUAUGGUGCACUUGCUGAGGCGGAACGAUACUGCCCAAUAAACAAGUCCUCACCCUUUUAUGUGCAGCAAGAACUUCUAGGACAUCAAGUCGAUCAGAGCCAGAGUUCCUCCUCUGCGUCCUCCUCUCGUCGCCCGGCACCCGGAGUUGUUGAGGACAAUUAUCUGCGGAAACCAAAAAAUAAACCGCCGCGGGGGCCGGUGUGCUCGCAACUGAUUCUGCUGGAUCUCGGCGGGAGCGAGAAGCUGGAGCGGAGCCGCGUGCAUGAGGACGUCCGUGCGCCUGGUGGCUUCGUGAGCGGCGACCAGGUGCACGCGGAGACUAUAUCGCGAGAAAAAAGUGUUACAACAGUUACACAUUGUGUUGCAGACAAAAAAAAGACAGACAAGCUCUGUCAUGCAGGAUAAUAUGCGUAGGAGCCUCGUUUCAUAGGUGUUUUCCCGUAGGAUUUCUGCAUUGCAAGUUUUCUCUCUCAUGCAGAGAAAUUUGUGUUGCUGAUUUGACAGCAAAUGUAUAACUGUAACACUUUUUUCGUGGGAUAGACUACCUGGAAGGAGUACUACAAGUCCAGGACCCGCUAUCAAACAAAAAAAGGUCGUCGCGAUCACUCAUGCGCAUUUUUGCAAUACAAAACUUCCUGCCAUGCGUAAAAAUGCAUCACAGCCAAACUUCCUUAGGGAUUUCCCUAGUGUUUCUGCAAUACAAAGAAACGCUGUGAUGCUGAAAAAAUUGUAUAUGCAAAACCUGAAAGGUAGUGAGAGUGACUGUGACAAACUUUUCGAGAAAGUGACGCUGUGAAACCUAGAAAUCAAUAGAUUCCGCUCGGGCAAGGUCGUUUAAGGUUUCCCGGGAAACCUUCGGCUCAGCUCGUGCUAAAGUGUGUUGCAAUGCAACCGAAAACGCGGCGCGCGCAUGGACUCCGCUGCUGUUUGUGUACACAACCGCGCCGCGUCUGUGUUGGCGUCUCGUGUGCUUAUUUAAAUCGCCACAGCCGGCUGCGGAUUGCGAGCAACCUGGCGGCCCCGGCAAACCGGCGCACAUUUCCCGCGGAAUUUGCCUCGCGGAUUUCGUUUCUGGCCCAAUUUGGUCCGCCUCGGAGGGCCUUCCCCCGAUGUUGUGGCCUCGAUUUCGGGAGAGGAUUCCACAGAGGAUUCCGGAGAGGAUUCCAAAAUCCUCUCCGGAAUCCUCUGGCCCAAGUUGGGCCGCCUUUCGCGCCCUUUCCCCGACGGCACUGCCUCGAUUUCGGGGGAGGAUUCCACAGAGGUUUCUGGAGAGGAUUCCAAAAUCCCCUCCGGAAUCCUCUGGCCCAAGUUGAGCCGUCUUUCGCGCCCUUCCCCCGACGGCACUACCUCGAUUUCGAGAGAGGAUUCCACAGAGGAUUCCGGAGAGGAUUCCAAAAUCCUCCCCGGAAUCCUCUGGCCCAAGUUGAGCCGUCUUUCGCGGCCUUUCCCCGACGGCACUACCUCGAUUUCGGGGGAGGAUUCCACAGAGGAUUCCGGAGAGGAUUCCAAAAUUCUCUCCGGAAUCCUCUGGCCCAAGUUGAGCCCUCUUUCGCGCCCUUUCCCCGACGGCAUUGCCUCGAUUUCGGGAGAGGAUUCCCCAGAGGAUUCCGCAGAGGAUUCCAAAAUCCUCUCCGGAGUCCUCGGACCGGAUUCGCGCCGUCCCUGCUUCGCGGUCUUUCCCCGGCGGCACAGCGUCGAUUUCGGGAGGGGAUUCCGGAGGGGAUUCCUCCGGGGACUCCAAAAUCCUCUCCGGAAUCCCCUGGCCCAAUUUGUGUCGUCUGUCGUGCCCUUUCCCCCGUGGUACGCACUACCUCAGCCGGGCGGAUUUCCCCGGGAACAGGGCGGAUCCCCCGGAAAGCAGGCGGAUCCCCGGGGGGCGUGCGGAUCCCCCGGAGAACAGGUGGAUCCCGCGGGAAGCCGGCGGACCCCCUGGGCGAAGGCGGAUCCCGGGGGAACGGGCGGAUCCCCGGGUAGCAGGCGGAUCCCCGGGAAGCGGACGGAUCCCCUGGGCGAAGGCGGAUCCCCGGGAAGCGGACGGACCCCCGGGGCGCGGGCGGAUCCCCUGGGCGAAGGCGGAUCCCCGGAAAGCGUGCGGAUCCCCGGGAAGCGGAUGGACCCCCGGGGCGCGGGCGGAUCCCCGGGGCGAAGGCGGAUCCCCGGGGAGCGUGGGUGCGGACCCCCGGGGAGCGGGCGGAUCACCGAGUAACAGGCGGAUCCCCGGGGAACGGGUGGGCUCCUGGGCGAAGGCGGAUCCCCGGGGAGCGUGCGGAUCCCCGGGGAACGGGUGGAUCCCCUGGGCGAAGGCGGAUCCCCGGGGGGCGGGUGGAUCCCCUGGCCGAAGGCGGAUCCCCGGGGAGCGGGCGGAUCCCCGGGCACCGGGCGGAUCCCCGGAGAACAGGCGGAUCCCCGGGGAAUGGGCGGAUCGAUCCCCGGGGAGCGGGCGGAUCCCCCAAAAAAGUCCAGAAAUCGAAAUCGCGACGCUAUGCUUAUUUUUUUUCCCUCAUUCUCAACACAAGAAAACCACGCUGCCGUCGUGAUUCGUUGGCUUAGGUCUCAGAGCGUCAGGGUCUCAACUUUUUUCUCUCCAUACCCGCGUGCAGGAGACGGCUUUCAUCAACUUGGGGCUCCUUUCCUUGAAGCGCUGCAUCGCGGCACUGCUAGAAACGAACGAGAAUGGUCGUGUCCAGACCGAACAUAUCAAAUGCAAAAAUGUCUGGGUCUGGAAACUUGUGAUGCUGGUUGGCGUAUCAUGAGGCGGCCACAAGUGCUGGCUCAGCAUGACAAGUUUCUGAGCUUCGAGGUGUUGCCUGGUCUGCAUGACAAACUGCGUUUCUGCAUGACAGAAAAACGAGGCUCUUGGGUAACGUGCAUGACAGACUUUGGGGUCAUGCUGGCAGAGCAUGACAGACCUUCCAUUCUUCCAGACCCAGACAUUUUUACAAUCCAUAGCACAAGACCUUCCCCGCAUCCCGUUUUACGACAGCAAGCUGACCCAGAUCAUUAUCGCAAGAAAAAAGUGUUACAGUUACACACAUAGUCUAUGCAAGACCGGCAACACAGACAACCUUUCUCAUGCUGGAAAUGCUUACGAGCCGCGCCUCCUUCCUGUUUUCCCUUAUGAUCUUCGCAUUACAAGUUUUCUGUGUCACACAGAGAAAAUUUGUGAUGCAGAAACUCCAACAAAUGUGUAACUGUAACACUUUUUUCGUGGGAUAAUCAUGCGCCCGAGCUUGCUGUCCCGCAACCUGCUGUGCGUGAUCUGCGCCGGCGCCGAGGACGCGAACGCGGUCGAGAGCAUCGCCAGUCUGCGGUUCGGCGAGAACUGCCGCCAAUUGGGCGGGUUCGCCACCUACCUGGACAAGACCAAGCAGCAAAGCGGCAACGCGCUGUCGGAGAGCGUGCGGGUGUUGGAUCUCCGCAUCCAGGAGGUGCAGAAGGAGAUCAAGAAGAAGGAGCGGUGGGAUAUGACUUGCUCAAACGUUACAAUCUCAAACGUUACAAUAGAAUCUGGAAUUUGUGUUGCAUGAUGAGCAUGGCAGACUCGCACAGCGUUCCACCUUUCGCAAUACAAGUUUCGCCAGCUCGUCGUCAGGUUUGGGGCUCCGGAACUUGUCAUGCGCAAUCCUAUGAGACUUGGCUAGGUCAUGCACUCCUGCAUCACAGAUUUGCAUAUUCUAUUGCAACGCUUGAGACUGUACCACCUGAGCGGGUUAUAUGGGAGUGGCGAGAGAUAAAACGCAGCGAUGUAGUGGACGCCAUGGACACGAACCCGACGCAGCUGAACACGGACGAGGAAAUGGAGCUCGGGGGCAAGGGCGCGGUGGAAAUUUUUGCGGACGACGGAAAUUCCAAGAAGGAAACCAUCACGCACACGGUGCAGGGACAGGUCUUGGUGGGCGCGGAACAGGAGAACGAACUCCUGGCCAAGCUGCUCGACCAACGACGGAUGCUGCUUGGGGAAGAGUAGUGAAUGAAAUAAAGGGAUGGUACCAACAUUGGGAAUCGAUACUUUUUGAUAAAUACCAAAAUGAAAAUUUCCAAAAAGCAGCCUUGAUGUGCUUUGCAUCGAAAAAUAGAGUUGCUGGUUGCUCGUGCAGCUGUCUGUGUGAAGGAUGGUACGAUAAGAACUGCAAAAGAAGGAAAAUGCUAAAGUCACGACUGUAAAGGAGACUCAAUACCUACCGUUUUCGCAAUGGAAUCGAAUUUAGCAAGAACGCGCAGAACUUUUUCAAUUGAGA